UUAUGUUAAGCUCUUCCUGAGAUAUCGAUCGUUAGUUGUUGUUGGAGUGGAAUUUUCUUGGUAAUUUUUUUGUUCCUCCUAUCAUUAAGCAUUGCUUCCAUUUUUUCACGAGAUGAUGCAACCACGCCCACUGCUGGUGUUGAUGAUGUUGGUUCACUUUCAUCAGCAUUGCUUCCUUCAUCAGUCAAAAAUCCUGUGUCCAUCAAAUCUAUCUAUAAUUGAUUAAAGAUAAGCUUUCUCAAACUAUUGAUUCCUCGCUUUGAUUUGAAACAACAGUUUCUACCCCUGACUCCAUUGACUCAGUAGCUGAAGACAUAUAAUAUCGAAAAAUGUCCCAACCACCCUUUGUCACUUUUCUGCCUCCAUCGAGGGCUUUGCUGUAUAUCACACAGAUUCUUUUAUUUUUAUGCUCAUUCUGUCCUUUGUAAAUUCGCUUUUGUCAUGAGGUAACUCCUCUUUUUUUUCUUCCUCUGGAUUAGAGUAAACAAAGUUGUUCUUCAUGAUGUCAUACUUUUCCUUGAUUAUCUCCCAAUCAAUUCCAUUGUAUAUAUUUUUAUGUUUUUAGAGUCUAGCACGGUUUCAAGAAGUAUAGUUGAACCUCAUCGUCUGUCCAAACAAGGUUUUCAGAGUUUUUUUUUUUCUUGUCCACUUUUUUUUUUCUUUUCUUAAGGCAUGUUUUCACUUUUCUUCCUUCUUAAGGAAAAGCUUCUCAUGAUACAACGAAACAUUUUCUAUAAGUCAGUAAUCUUUGAUCUCUAAUAUUUGCGUUUUUGUAUCAAAGCGGAAUUCUUGGUUGAAAGCGGGAAAGUAGCAUCAGUGUAAACGUAGUAUUAAUUAUGACGCUAUUAAACAUCUUAUUUAUGUUUUCAGUAACUUAAUUUUAAACGAGAUAAUGCAUAAAGAAACAUGCACUAAACAAAGAUAUUUUUAUGGGGCUUAUCUCACUCAUGGAAAGAAAUAUAUAACUUUUUUAAAUUAAAUUUAGUUAUGUUAAAUUUUGAGUGUUAUGAGGCCUUUAAUUUUUUUUCUUCAUAUUUUAAAAACGAGUUUUUAUCAUGGAAUUUCCUGCCUUUUCCGACAAGAAAAUAUAUGACAUCAAAAUUGCUUUGAUGUUUGCUGCUUUGAGCACAACUUCUUGUUUAAGAAUAUAUUUGCGUAGUUGAUUGUUUAACCUUGUGUAUUAAAUCUUAAGCCUCAUAUUAAAGUUAUUUGACUGUUUUCAUCAGCACAAAAAGAUGACGUGUUUUGAUAAACGCUUGCUCACUUUGACAAAAUUAGAGACAUUGUCUGUAUGCGCACACGCAAACAGAAAAGCUAUUGAGCAAAAAUUGGGAAAAAUGGAAACGAGCCUUAACACGUGAAUCAGGUGGAAAGAGAUAUAUUUUCUUAAUAUAUAAAUAUACUUAUGUUAUCAUUAGGGUUUCAAGGUUCUGUUUUUAAAUGUGCCUCCUCCCCACCCUUUAAAUUAAAAUCCUUGGAGAUAUCUGCCUAUGUUUACUGUAUAUAUACUUUUUUAGAGUUAAGGAUAAUGACAUCUGUAAAAAUUCCACCAAUUAAAACUGGAAUUGAGUUUUUAGCGUCUUCUCAUUUCCAUAUUGGUAAUGAGAAUCGAUGGUUAAAGAAAGACCCCCUAGCUUAUAAAAGUACGUUUAAAAAUGACUACACUACUCAAGAUAUACGUAAGCAUGAACCAGUUAAAAUUCCUCCACCAUCUGAAAUCAUGCAUAAGGAUAACAGGAUAUUAGAUCAAUGCUCUGUUACGCGACAGCAAUUUGUUCCAAAAGUUGUGCCAGAUGAUAAUUACUUUAAAAAUUCAUUGACAAAAACAAAUUUUAAAAUGGAUAGAGAUGAUCGAAUUGAAGCUUUUCGAACGACACAUGGUGUGUAUUAUCCUGCAAAACCACUGUCAAAGAAUGAUGAACUAUUUAAUUUGAUGGAAAGCCAUAUAUGCCAUGGUGAUAUAUGGAAAGAAAAAUGGCCUGAAAGCAGUUAUUGUCAGGACUUUCAAAGCAAACCUUUGUCAAGAAGACUAGAGACCUUCAACAACACAUUUGCUGACGCAAAACCAAUCCAAGGGGAUCCUAGAAGUCAUGGGUGUGAAGAGAUGUUUAAUACAUCGAGUCGGCUGUUUUUUCCUGUGCAUAGUAGAAAGGAAAAGAUUAUUGUUCCAAACAGCACAAAGUAUCCUCAGACUAUGCUUCCAUGCGGUGAUAAACUUCCACUUGUGUCUACACACCAAGAAGCAUUUAAAGACAAGUUUGAAGUCUCUGCAGCAAUUUUUGAUCGAGACAAAGCCUUAUCUAAUCUACAGAGAACAACUUUUAAAAUUGGUGAUAACAGACUUGAUUGUUUUCAAACAACUACAGAUGAUUGUUACACCUUUAAAAAAAGACAUAAUGGAGGUGAUGCUUCAACCAUGAGAAAGUCGACUAUAUCAAAAAGUAAUGUUCCUGAAGUAUGUACAGAUUCGCUUGCAGCUAUGUCAAGCAUUAACCGUACUGAUUAUACCGCACCUCCUCGUGACUAUCGCUGCCAUAUUGUCGAUGGCUCGAAUCUUCACACUAUUUCAGAUAUAUCAUUUGGCAACUCUUUAAAACCUUCUUACAAAACAACUAUGGACACAAGUUUUCCUUUCAAAGUUAGUAAAUACAAAAAAGUUUGUGCAGAUAGAAGCCAUAGCAGUAUUCCUCUCAAGUUUUAUGAUAAUGCACCUGCAUCUUCGUCAUAUAGAUUAGAAUAUCUUCCAAAAAAAGGUGUAAAGAAACUUGUUCCAAGUGCUGCCGGCUUAGAAAAUUUGAUCAAAUCGCAUAUCAGUGAACCAAUCUCAAACAUCCGCGAAUUUAAAAGCACCCAUAGUGAUACAUACAGACCGAAGCAACGGGUAGACGUCCAACUGGAUGUUAGUAGGUUACAAAGAAGUUCUGUUCCGAUUGGUACACUUCGUUAUUAAUACCUUUUCACUGUUUUUUAUAUGUUUCAAACUUUUUGUAUGUAUAAAGUAUGGUAAAUAAUAAAACGCCUUAACUACAACAAAGAAA